GGUUGCAGUCGCUGUUGGAGGCGCCGCUGCCCGGGCAGCGGUUCGGGUACGGGCUGGCGGAGAGCACGGGACUGGGGCUGAUGUGGUCGGCGCUGGCGGUGCUGCUGGCGAGCUCCCUGGUGUCAGCCCUGAGCGAGGGCGAGGGCGGCUCGCUGCACCGGCUGGCCACCCGCAGCAUCAUGGCGUCCAUCAACAGGAGCUCCACCGCCUCCGCGGUCCUAGCGCUGCUCCGCGGACUGCCCACCGCCAAAAAGUACGCGGUGGUGGCCAUGCUGGUCAUCUCCACGGUGCAGGGGCUGGGCCUCAUUUCCAUCGCGGGCGGGCUGCUGGUGCAGGGCCCCGAGAGCUUCGUGCGCUCUGCGCCCGCGGUGCUGCUGUGCGUGAUGGUGGGGGUGGUCAUGCAGGUGCUGGGCAUGCUGUAUGUGCUGAUACCCAACAACAACAGCAGCGGUAGCGGCGGCGGUAGCCUGACGCACGACGGCAGCAGCAGCAUGGUUAGCGGCAGCGGUGGUGGGGGUGGUGUGAGUGCGGCGGGGGCGGCCGCUGCCGCGCCCGCCCUGCCAUCAGCCCCGCAGGUCAUCAACAGCAACAUCAGCAACUUCAGCCGCGGCAGCAAUCCCAGCGGCGGCGGCGGCGGCGGCGGCCUUUCCACCACCACUACUACCACCAAUUCCGCAGCGGCUGCCACCCUAGCUGCCCUCAGCGACCUGGUGGAUCCCUUCAGCCGCUCCACGAGUGUGGGCGGCGCUUCCGCCGCCACCGCCACCACCACCACCCCAGCGACCACGCAGGGCACGGGGCAGGGGGCCAGCCAGGGGGCUGCAUGGGCGGCGAUGGUACAGUCCACUCGCUCGCUGCUGACGCAGGCGAAUGUGGCGGCGCAGGAUGUGCUGAUGGGGG